AUGUGGACCUCGACAGCGAAUUGCAUUUUGGAAGCUGAUACAGAGGUGCUAGGGGUCUUGAAGGGUCACCCUAAUGGACACAAAGAAGACUGGUGGUGGAAUGGACAAGUCCAGAAAAAAGUGAAAGCCAAGAAAGCAGUAUAUUUGAAGCUAGUAGAAAGCAAAGAUGCGGAGGAGAGGAGUAUGAAUAGGGAAUUGUAUAAGAAAGCUAAGAAGGAGGCAAAGUUAACCGUUACGGAGGCUAAGAAUGCAACAUUUGGAUGGUUGUAUGAAGAACUGGGGGCCAAAGGCAGGGACAAGAAGCUACACAUGCUAGCCAAGGAGAGGAAGAGGAGGAUCGUGACCUAG